AAAGACAGCCAUGAACGGGCCAUCUUCACCUAUCAGGAGCAAGCAGCCUAGUAAUGUCCCACCAGGCUUCAGACCGUCUCCCAGGCAGCGACGGCCAAUCUCAGAAAUGACAAUUCGCGAACUCCAAGAUCUUCACAAACUCAAUGCAAAGAUUCUAGCAGACCCGGGUGCAUCAACCUCCACAUACGUGCAGCGAGUUUCCCAAGAGCAGAGAUUGAUCGAGUCCCGACUGUUGGACGUAGAUGGGAUAGAGAAGCUGGGAACAACGCUGAAGAAGACGAAGAUUAAGGGGGAAGGCGAUAUGGAGGUAGAUGAGGCAGAUGAACCACCAGUCAGCCGUACCCUCGAGGCCAAACGGAAAGCUCUCGCUCAAUAUGGGCAACAUGCUCUCAAGUCAGGGGGAACGAGCACCUCCGCAGGGUCCUCUUUCACUCUGGCAGAAGCCAUUGAACUGGAGCAGCAAGCGCACCAGCAAGAGCGGGAACGACAACAACGAAUUUUAGAGAAGAAGAGGCGACAGGGAGUGCCAAUUAGAGGAGAGGUUCUCACCAGAGAAGAGCGAGAGGCUCGAAUUUGGGCAUUCCUGACAAGGAAACCGACGGAUUCGGACCUUGAGGACGAUGACGAUGACGACUCCUCAGACGACGACGAUCCGGCUGCAUGGUUCGAAGACGACCAAGACGAUGGGGUCAAAGGCCAAGAUAUAGUGGAACCAGAUUUCGAUGAUGACCUCUCUCACAUUAUCCAAGUGGACCACAGCAGAAUUGGUUAUGAUACUUUCUAUCCAAAUCGUAACGCGGGAGAUUAAUUAAUUAUGAUCAUAGCAUUAUCAUCUGUACCAUAGGAGAUACCCCUGCCUUACUCGACGCUCAUCGAGCAUGGACUGGGCAAUUCUUGC